AUGACUAACGCUCUUCUUCUCGGUUCCAGAAAACAAAUGGCUCCUAGACUCCCUCCUCCACCGCAACCUACUGACCCUGAUGCGUCCAACAACGCUAGAUUGUUGGAAACGGUGAUUGAGAGACUGCAACAACAGAAUACCACUCUGAUGGAACAAAACGCUACUCUGAUGCAGCAAAAUCAGAACGCUCUGCAGAGUCUGGAGGCCGCUCGCGCCAACUCUGAAACGACACAGAGGCAAUUAAUGGACAUCCUUGCCGCUACCAGGAGUACACCGGGAGCGUCCUCUUCGAACGCUACUCAACAUGCUGAAUGGAGUUUGGAGAGCUUUCUUCAACAUCAUCCCUCCAAGUUUAAUGGAAAAUGCUUUCCUGAUGAGGCAGAUCAGUGGCUGCGGGACAUGGAGAAGAUUUAUAAUGCAAAGAGGUGCCCUAACGACAACAGAUUGGCGUUUACUGAAUACCUGUUGACUGGUGAGGCCAGCCACUGGUGGGCGAGUGUGAAGGCUAUCCUGACAGACGCUCAUGCUCCCAUCACUUGGGAAGUUUUCAGGAACAAAUUUUAUGAAGAGUAUUUCCCAGACAGCGUUCGCUACGCCAAGGAAGUAGAGUUCCUUCAGUUGGUGCAAGGGGGAAAGUCUGUAUCGGAGUACACCAAUGCUUUCAAGCAGUUGUUGAGGUUCAACACUAUGGCCACUAGUGAAGAGUGGCAGUGUAGGAAGUUCGAGAAUGGGCUAAGGAGCGACCUGAAGGUGUUGAUAUCAAGUUUAUGCAUUCGGUCAUUUCCUGCCAUGGUGGAAAGAGCCAAAGUACUGGAGAAGAAUAUGGCAGAGGUGGAACGACAAAAGAAGCAGCCACAGGUGGUUAGAGGACCGGUCGUAUCCAGGGGUACUGCUAAUACGAGAAGUACUCCUUACGCUCGUCCAAGUCAAUCAAAUACAAGUGGAUCACGAGUGCUGAUCACUGCCGGACAGUCUGGGCAGCCAGGAAACAUUACUUGUUUCUAG